CAUGCUUAAGCUGACCUGAAGUCAGUGCCAAUAGAAGCCCGGCCUCACCAUUCCUCUUCAGCCAUGUCCAAUUCCUCAUGCCACCUUGUGCGCGCAGCACAGAAGCGGAGGAACUUGACUGGAUGGCUGCUCCCAUGCUGCCUGGUGUUGUUUAGUUGCUGUGAUUUCGCCCAUCGCAACUAUGUCGGAGGAACUCUCCAAAGACGACUGCGGAACGACCGAAUGCAAACCAUUCUGCCGCGACUCGUGCGUGAGAGGCGCGCGACCACUCCACGGUCUCCUGAUGCUCCGAAAUUGACUUCCAGAAUUUAUGAGGCCAAGUCGGCUGAGGACUUGAUGGUGGUUUUGGAAGAGGCGGCUGGUGCUCCUUAUUUGAACUACUUCCAUGCUUCGGCAGCGUAUGUCACGCUGGCCAAGUUUUAUCAAGCAGGGCUGUUGCCAGAUGAGUGCGCACAAUCCCCUGCAAUCAUGAAGUUCCAGUCUCAAGUUCUGACAAUGAUUGGAAAAGGUCGUUUCAACGCACAGGCUUCUGCGAAUGUGCUUCGGUCAGUCGCAAUACUGUUUGGUGCGAUGCCCUCGGUGAUUCAGCUGCUACCCGCCUUAGCCAAGGUUUUGCCGCUGAUAGUUCGGGAUAUGACAGAGCAAGAACUCUCCAAUGGCCUGUGGGCUUCAGAGAAGUUGAAGGAUGUGGCACCAGAUCAAGUUGCUAAGAUCGUUGGAGCACUUGCUAACCAGGUCGCGGUCAAGUCUGAGAGCAUGAUCCCCCAAGCUUUGUCAAACAGCCUUUGGUCAUUAGGGCAGUUGAUGGAACUUGUGCCUGAUGAUGUAAGGAAGAUGGCACCAGCACUUGCUGCCCACAUCCCAGACAAGGCUGACAAGAUGAAACCCCAAGAGUUGGCCAACAGCUUGUGGGCGCUGGUCGUUUUGCAGGGCGUUUUGCAGGAUGUGGGAACGAUCCAGCUGAUGAUGAAGCAGGUGAUGCGAUUGACGCCAAGCGUGGAUAGUCGAGAACGGGGCCUUUCUUUGCCCAUUGUUGCUUGGGCCUGCGCGAAGUUGGGACUUGAGGAUGACGAGCUUCUCAGCCAAGUGCAGCGGUUGAUGAGUGCUGGCUCGCAGCUUUCAUCGGUGCCUGAUUGGGGUGUGUGCGCCUUGGCCUGGUCAUACCAGAUUCUGGACCAGACGCAGCAAUUCGGAGAAUUCCAAGGAGCUGUAGCCGCUGAGGUGGCCAAACGAGGACUCUCUGAGGCAGAUGUGGAGCGCAGCCAGAAGGGCUAUGCGGAAUGGUGACUGGCUACCACCUAGUUUCAUCACUGCAUUGCAUUAGGCAUCGAUCUAAAUCUAUGCGGCAUAGCGCCAGGCAGCAUCAGAUGACAUCGCUGGCAACUUGGGCUUUGUGGAUGUUUCUGGUGUUGGCUCCACAUCCAACAAUGGCAUGGAUCAUAUUGGGUUAUCCUGGCACCUAGCAACAAUACCCAGGAGACAACAUGAG